AUGACUGAAGUUUCGUUGGCAUCACAUCUUCCGGACAUUGAAGACGGGCAGAAUUUUGGUAAUUGCGGAAAAAUUGCGCCGACGUUUAAACAGAAGAUAAUCGACGUGCAGUCUAAAAAAGAGUGCGGAGUGGGCGAAAAAGGAGAAAUUCUGAUACAAGGACCGACUGUUAUGCGCGGAUAUUUGAAUAGAGAUGAGGCAACGGCUGAGACAAUCGAC